AUGUCGGCAGAAAACAAAAAAACAGAUGCUGUGACGAUUGCUCAUAAAAAUGAGGGUUGGAAGGUGCUCACGGAAGAAUUCAACUCCCUGAGCAGUUUCAAUGUCCGAAAGACGGACCAACUUAGAACGUGUUGGGAUAACCUCAAAAGAACGACAAGGAAAGACAAAGUUGCCACAAAGAAGGAGAUUUUCUUAACAGGUGGAGGCAGGCCCAAUCAUCUACCACCAGGGCCUUUACAAGAGCAAGUAGAAAUAUUACUUGGCCCAACAUUGGAUGGUCUUGCAAACGAAUUUGAUAGCGAUGGUCAAUUUCAAGAGUCUGUCACAGCAUCUAAUAAAGUGAAGGAAGAUUCAACAGAAAUAUUACCGAUUGAAUAUUAUUAG